CUCCGUGCUUUUAGCUUUUACCUUUUCCAAACAGGAAAUCUUACUCCAAAUAGGACAUAAUGGUUUUUGGACCAUUGGGUUUAUAUGUGUGUAUGUUUUUCCCAUGUCACCUUUGAGAGAGGGCCAUUUUUUUUAAAUAUCUGCCUCGGAGAAGAUGUGACUUUUUUAAAUGAGAGAAAAAAAAUGUCUGUCAGGUCUCUAACUAAUGGGAUAAUAUUUGCAAGAGAAAAACGGAAUUGCUGAAGGUGUAGAAUUCAGCUCAGGAGAGACUUUGACUUCAUUUCAAAAAUGGGGAAAAAGCUAAUAGAAAGACUUAACUUUUCAAACAUUCUCAAACUUGGGGAUACCACAAAUGGCAGUUCACUACUCCUGUAGCAAGUUUUUUUUUUUUCUUUUUAUCUGUUUUACCAGCUGGCACUUUCUGGUUUUGUUAGUUUACCAAGCGCCUUCGGAAGAAGGAGAGUUUGUAACUUUCCAUUUAAAAAUUUCAGUUCUCUGCUAUUUUCUUUCGGUUUCCAAACAAAUUUCUUUGGUAAAAAAGAGAAGGUGACUGUCCUAAAGUUUAACAAAAACCUCACGUUUUGUCGGCUUGGUGCUGGCAUUCCCUGCAGUCUGAAAGGCGGAUAUAUUUUUCUAUAUAAUAAAAAGCUGGUUAAAAAUCUCCUGCUUGUAUAGAGAUGCUUCUCGUUUUUUGAGGGGAGGGGAGGUAAAAGAAGGAAGAUAGAAAAGCCCUUUAAAAACUGGAUCAAUCUGCAGUUUUUUUAAUUGUUAAAUGCUAAUUUAGUAGAAUGUUUGGCUAUUCGGCAGGGCUGAUACUGUACUAAGAAGAGAUGUUUUGACAGUGGCAAGGAUUUGUGCAGUUUUAAUAAGGAGAUCUUCGUGGGUCUUGAGUGUUUGUGCGUUACUUCUGCUUUGGUAGUGUCAGUUGCCGGUAAAGUGGGGGGGAACUUCCCCUCCUUUGGACAGUUGUCAAUUACUUGUAUUGCCAAUCCUGCUGGAAGUAAUUAAUUGCAGUGCUAGCACACACACACACCCAAACACAGGCAUAGGGGUUAGACAAUUUCAAACCAUGUUGGCUUAUGAUCUAGGACUACAGUCCCACUUUAGGACUGUAUAAACCAGGAUAACCAAAAGCAGCCAAAAAGCAAAGCAAGUAUUGUCGUCUUUAAGAUGGAUCUGAACUUCAAAAUUUCCGGAUUUUCUUCCUUUCUCUGUUUCUUAAGGAAAAUAACGCAGCUUGCUAAUGAGAAUAAAUGUUGCAACUAUACCUUUGUGUCUUUUUUUUUUUUUUUUUGGACAAGGUUGACCAUCCUGUGGAAUAAUUCCUCUAGCUUUCUCCAAAAUGUGUCUUGCAACUUCCAAGAAAUUUGCACCAUUGUUUUUUUUGUUUGUUUGUUUGUUUCCUUUAAGAACUGGCAACAUAAAAUCAGCUUGCUUAGUAUUCAUUUGAAUUUCCCCCCCCCUCUUGAUAAGUAUGGGGGACUGGCUGAAAAGAUUUUAAUAUCUUUAAAGAGCUCGUUUUGAAGACCCGGCGCGCGUAAACAGUGUUUAACUAGAUUGGGGUGGGUGUGUCUUCCUAAAGAGGAGAAAGGAAGAAGCAGUUUGGUGGCCUCAGUUGCUGAAGCCCACACUGACGAUGUUGGCCGUGUGGACCUGGUGGUGGCGUUGCAAGUUGUUGGCCCUAAAUAGGUCAGCGGGGAAAGGGUUGUUGUGUUGAUUUCUGGAGGUUACAGUUGGUUGGUUGACUUUCAACUUCUGGAGUUUGACUUCCCUGCUCUGGUUUUCCGGAUUCUCUUCAAGAGUGGAGGAGACCAUGGUGUGGAGAACGUCUUGACAGCGAGGUGAUCAGGUGACCAGGAAAGGGAAGACAAGGUGGAGAUGGAACUGCCAAAUCAUGCCAAACAUUUGCUCCUGCAGCUUAACCAGCAACGAGCCAAAGGUUUCCUUUGCGACGUGAUCAUUGUUGUCGAAAAUGCCCUCUUCCGUGCCCACAAGAACAUCCUGGCAGCCAGCAGCAUGUAUUUCAAGUCCCUCAUCUUGCACGACAACCUGAUCAACUUAGAUACUGACAUGGUCAACCCUACCGUGUUCCGGCAAAUCUUGGACUUUAUUUAUACUGGGAAGCUCUUAAUGACUGACCAGCCCGGGGAACAGAACUUCAACGCUCUCCUCACCGCAGCAAGCUACCUCCAACUUCCUGACCUGGCGGCCCUUUGCAGGAAGAAGCUCAAACGCAGCGGGAGGUCCUUCACUGGCCGGGCUGGUGGAGCCUCCAGCGUUGGGCGGCCGCCUCGGAGUCAGAGACUUGCCACCGCUUCCGUCAUCACUCGUUAUUCAGGGUCAACCGAAGGGAUGAAGGGCCCUCAGCCGAAGGAGAUGCCAAAGGCGAAGGUCUCAGGUGAUGAGGUCUUCAUGAACAGUUCCAACCAAGAGAAUUCCCACGCCUUGAGUAGGGGCCUGGGAGAGGGGAGUAACAGCACCAACGGGAGCUGUGUGGACCAGGAACUUGGGCUGGAUCUGUCCAAGAAAAGCCCCUCCCUGCCCACUGCAGCCCCCCAAGAUGAACCCCCACACAGCGAGAGUCAGCGUGGCUCCCCCCGGCCUGCCUCAGCCCCCACAGCCAACAGUGCCUCAUCGUUCGAAGACGCCACCUCUGGAGCCCCUCCUGCCCUAAUAGACAACUGUGAGCCCAUGGAAAUGGAUCUGAACGAAGACCGCCAGUCUCUGCCCGAAGGCAGCCAGCGGAAGAGCCUACGUCAUUCCUCGCGCAAGAAGGAGUGGAUCAAGAAGGAUUGCGCCUUUGACCGGAAGGAGGGUGGGGGCAAAGGCUGCGAGGAGGGCGAGGGGCUGCCCAACGGCAUCCUGAUGGGCCCCUUGUGCAAGUCCGCGGAGCGCAGUCUAGGCUUGAGUCCCUACGGGCCGGAGCCGCCGUUGCAUGCCUGCAAAGAAGACGUGGAGAACGGCAAGGAGAACAGCGAGGACAGCGGGCAGAGCGAAAGCGAGAACGGCGGUCACAGCAGCGCCAACUACGUCUACCGUCAGGAAGGCUACGAACCCGUCGCCUUUGGGGACAACUUGUACGUCUGUAUCCCAUGCGGGAAGGGUUUCCCCAGCUCGGAGCAGCUCAACGCCCACGUGGAGAAACACACGGAAGAAGAGCUGUACAUCAAGGAGGAAGGGACGUUUGAUGAUAAAGAAGAAGAAGCCGAGGAUCUAUCGAACCCCAACCAGCCCUACGCCUCGGAAUCGCGGCCGUUCAAGUGCUCGGUCUGCGAGAAGAGCUACAAAGAUCCGGCCACUCUCCGGCAGCACGAGAAGACUCACUGGCUGACGCGGCCCUUUCCGUGCAACAUCUGCGGCAAGAUGUUCACCCAGCGGGGCACUAUGACUCGGCACAUGCGCAGCCACUUGGGACUCAAGCCCUUUGCCUGCGAGGAGUGCGGGAUGCGCUUCACCCGGCAGUACCGGCUGACCGAGCACAUGCGCGUCCACUCAGGGGAAAAGCCCUACGAAUGUCAACUCUGCGGCGGGAAAUUUACCCAGCAACGAAACCUCAUCAGCCACUUGAGAAUGCAUACCUCUCCUACAUGAAGCCAAAGUCUCUCCAAGGAGCU